AGCUCAGUGAAGCUGCGGGACGAGAGGAGACCAGGCGGUGCUUCCCUUCUGCUCUGAUCCACUCACACUGCACACACACACACACACACACACACACCCACACACACACACACAGACACACGCACACACACACAUCCCUCAUUUCCUCAAACUGUGGCUGGACUCGGUCCUGUCCAGCAGCAUGGAAGUAUCCAAAGGAGAAGAGAGUGGGAAUGAAGCUCGAUCCACUUUAUUCGGGCCGACAGAGGUGGAGAGUCAGAGCAGGAGCCCUGGAGGAUGCAGGGGCUUGAGCAAGCGGACUAAAAUCCUCAUCGGGGUUCUGCUGCUCGGUCUCCUGGUGCUCAUCCUGGCUUUGGCCCUUUCUCGGAAAGGCUCCAAUAAUGAGACAGCAGACGGGACCAUGUGGCUGCAUGCAUUCUCCGAUGAAACUACGCAGCAACAGUGUCCACCUGGCUUCUCCAAGCCCCCCCUUAUCCUCGUGUCCUUGGACGGUUUCCGAGCCGAGUAUCUGACAAAGCAGAGCAGCCACCUCCCCGUUAUCAACAAGUUACGAGAGCUUGGAGCCACAACACCGUACAUGAGGCCCGUUUAUCCCACUAAGACUUUUCCAAACCACUACAGCAUUGUGACUGGCCUUUAUCCCGAGUCUCACGGGAUCGUGGACAACAAGAUGUACGACGUGACCCACAACGCUUUCUUCAGCUUGAAAAGUGAGGAGAAAUCCGACCCUAAGUGGUACCAAGGGGAGCCGAUCUGGAUCACUGCCAUGCAUCAGAAACUGAAAACAGGAACUUUUUUCUGGCCGGGCUCAGAUGUUAAAAUCAACGGCAGCUAUCCAAAUUUCUACAAGCUGUAUGACAGGACCAUUUCUUUUGAGGACAGAGUGGGGACGCUGAUUGAAUGGCUCAGUUUACCUGAAGGAAAAAGACCCGACCUCUACACUUUGUACCUGGAAGAACCUGACGCGUCAGGACAUAGGUAUGGGCCAGGAAGCAAAGAGGUCACUUUGGCCUUGGAGCAUGUGGACAGGAUAUUGGGAAUAAUGAUGGACGCCCUGACGGAGAAGAACCUGCACCACUGUGUCAACCUGAUGAUCAUGUCUGACCACGGCAUGGAGGAGGCUUCCUGUGACAAGGCAGAGUUUGUAUCAACCUACCAGGAAAACAUAGACGACUUCAAUGUCAUCCAAGGCCCGGCAGCUCGCAUCAGACCCGCUCGCCUCCCCGACGAUUACUUCUCCUUCGACUACGCCGGCCUGGUGAAGAACCUGUCGUGCAGGGCCGCUAACCAGUCCAUGAGGCCGUACCUCAAAGAGAACCUCCCGAAGAGGAUGCACUUCGCCAACAACAAGCGCAUAGAGAGAGGACAUCUGUACAUGAAGGAGGGCUGGCAGGCAGCUCGUUAUAUGAAGGAACUCAAGUACUGCACCGGAGGAUUCCACGGCUCAGAUAAUCUCUUCACCAACAUGCAGGCGAUCUUCAUCGGCUUUGGUCCCGGAUUCAACAGCAACACAGUCGUGCCACCUUUUGAAAACAUCGAAUUAUACAACGUCAUGUGUGAUCUCCUCGGUAUUCGUCCCUCUCCAAACAACGGGACUCACGGCAGUCUAAACCACCUCCUGUCACGUCCAUCGCACCUUCCAGUUCACCCAGCGCAGCUCUCCCAUGAAACCCCCUGCGAGGCCAGUGACCCCGUCCCCACUGACGACCUGCGGUGCACAUGCACAUCUCAAACAGAGACACAGGAGACGGAUAUGAACAGGCUUCUCAUGACAACUAAUUCCAGCACUAAAGUCCUGCUGCGUCGCCUCCACCAUCCUUUCGGGACGCCCCGGGUCGUCCAACCAGACGCCGCCUUCUGCCUCCUGCACCAAUCGGACUACCUCAGCGGAUACAGCAGGGACCGCCUCAUGCCCCUCUGGGUGUCCUACACCCUCCAGCCUCUGACCACAGUGCGACCGCUGAGCCCGGAGCUGGAGGCGUGUGUCCGAGCUGACGUGCGAGUCCCAGCGGCCGACAGCCAGCUGUGUUUCCCCGACAGAGAAGACCCGAGUCUGUCCUACGGCCUGCUGCAUCCCCCCAAUCUGAGCUCCCGUGGACCUGAGUCGGACUCUCUCCUCACGACCAACAUGGCUCCGAUGUUCCCCGCGUUUAAAGAUGUUUGGAGACAUUUCCACGACGUCCUGCUUCCAGUGUUUUCACAGCAGCUGAACGGAGUGAACGUUGUGAGCGGGCCCAUAUUUGAUGAUGACUUUGACGGAAACGUUGACGCGUUCAUAAGACGCUCGAGGAAUGAGACUCUCACCCCGACCCAUUUCUUCGUGAUCCUGACGAGCUGCGUGAACUCGGCCCUCAGCCCUUCUCAGUGCGAGGGCCCUCUGCAGACCCAGUCCUUCAUCCUGCCCCACCGACCCGACCACACCGAGAGCUGCGCGAAUGGGUCGGACAUGUCGUGGGUGGAGGAGUGGCUACGCUUCCACACCGCGCGGGUCCGAGACAUCGAGCUCCUGACGGGGCUGAGCUUCUACCACGACAGGCUUUCAGUGGAGGAGACGCUACAGCUCAAGACGUUUCUACAUAGCGCUUAAAACCAGAGACGUUUUUUUUUAUUGAAAUAAAGUUUUAAUCUCAGAGGGAAGCACAACAGGCCUCUGUCCACGGGGUCUCGCAGUAAACCUGCUCUCAGGGGCCAUGAAUCCCAACAAUGAGUUCCAUCCGUCUAUUUUUUAUUGUAAUGUCUGAUUCCAAAACAAAUUUUACAGUUAUUCAAUGUGUGAGAGUCACGUGUUUCAUUUUUUAGAGAUGAUUGUACAGAGAGUUUAAAUGAGCUUUGAACCAAAGACGCCAUCUGCCGCACUUCUUCAGUUGGGACUGAAACAAAAAAAAAAAAGGGAAACGUUUAUCCACGGAAGACGUAUUCAUACCACAGAUGAUUUCAGAGUCAGGUCUUUUUUUCUUUUUUUAGAAACACCGUGACGCUCUGGAGACUUUCCGGAAUCCUGCCACACAUCUGGAGAAGUGGAAAAACACCCAAAUGCUCUCGUAAUUGUUUUUGUAUUUUCUUUAUACUGUGCCAAUGUCGUUUUUUUGGUUUUGUAAAUUGUUUUUCUUGGUCGGUGACAUCCUUGAAGAGAUAAUUGUUCAGUCCAGUGUGUGAAUGUGUGCGUCCACAUGUGCAGUUUGUGUGUUUAUGGACGGAUAACGAGGCACAGACGUGUGAAAGGCUUCUGACGUCAGGACACCCAGACUGAAACAGACACAAAACGGCUUCAUACAACGUGGCUUCUCUGUGUCGGCUGUUGUGCGUCUCUUUGUGAGUUUGUGUGUCGUUUAAAACCUUUUUUUAUUGAUGUUAAACGCCGCCAAGGAUGAUGUGUUUUCACUCCUGUGCUUUUGUGUUUUUGUUCUCAGCUGAUUUCCUUGAAAUUUGUGGAAUUUCCCUUUUCUUUCUCUUAUUUCUUUCUUACUUUUCCUUUAUUCCUCUUUUUUUUCUUUUCAACAUUUUCACAGAUCUCCUAGGGGAAUCAUUCAUCGACUGAUAUGAACCCUUCUGAUGUUUGCAUCUCUUUCUCAAGGUUUUGUGUCUCUUUGUCGUCUUUUGUCUCUGUGGCUGUUUGCAUCUCUUUGUGGUCCUUCGUUCAUUCAGCAUCUCUUCUUUGGUCGUUAUACAUCUGUCAGUGGUCCCUUUGCAUGUCUGUGGUUGUGUCUUCAUACACCAACCUUAUUGUGUUCUGUGCCUCUGUGCAGUUUCUCUUGUGAGCACUGUGCAGGAGAAGCAAAGCUCUCAGGUGCUGCAGCUGAACUCCAGCAUCUGUACAUGACUAUGUGUUGUGUGCAAACGUGUAUUAUUUUUUAUUUGGAGUCGGAACAUAAUAAAGUUCAUAUGAUUUAGCGUU